AUGGCUCGUAGAGAAGACCAUCAUCAACAACGUCAAAUCCAAUAUGCUACAAUUUUGCCAUCCAAUACUCCUGCUGAUGCAAAUGGCUCUAACGAUUCACCUUCUCUUCGAAAACAAACAGAACUUGAACGAGCAAAAGCACUUUAUGUCGAUUUUGAAGAUGCCUUUCAAGACGAUACUACCAAUCACGAUUAUUUUGGUCUUCAAUCUCAUCAUCCUGAAUCUAAGCAAAAUGAACAAAAUUCUCAUCAGCCAACGAAUUUCUAUCUUCAGUCCAUUGAAACUAUUUCUGAAGUGAAAAAUGCGAAUUUUUCACCUUUCGUUCGUCAUCAUGCAUCUCGUGAAAGUAGCCGUCCAUCAACACCAUCGGAUACGCCACCUUAUCAGCCAAAAAAUAAUCAUCGUGCUAAUCCACUUACUUCGUUACCAUCAUCUUCUCAAAAUCAUCAUUCUCUUGAUUCAAAUGGUAUGGUAAAUCUUCAAGAAGAUUUUGCUAAUUUAAAUUUAAUGCAUACAAAUGAUAUCGAUGAUUUACCAGCUCCAUUUACACCAGAUGCUAUUCGAAUACAAAUAACGCAGAAUGAUCAUUUUCCUACUGUAUCAUCACAAUUCAAAUUGAUAUUGCCGCAAUAUUUCCUUGUUAAAUACCUAGGCAGAGCUAAGUGUCCCGAACUGUGGGGCUCUACUGCAGUACGCGCUCCUAUUGAUGACAUGGUAAGCAAUGCUCGAAAAUUCUCAUCAAUGAAUGAGAUGCCAACAUUAGAUGCUUGUAUCAAUACGCGUGGACUUACACUUACACAUCGUCAGUCCUCUACACGUAGUAAACAUGAUUCACAUAAUCAUAGUCCCGAAGGACAUCAAAGUGGUCUUAUUCCUUUAGAAUAUAUAUCUUACGUUAUGCAUGAUAUCAAAUAUUCAAAAAUAUCAGCUUGUAUAGUUUUACGUCAACCAAAAACAUCACCAUCUUCUGAUAAAAAAAAUAACCAUGAUAAAACAUUGACUGAAUGUUAUGCAUUCUUAUUUCAAUCGAAAGAACAUGCACAUCGCUUUGCUCUUUCACUUUCAGAAGCAUUUAAUUCACAAAAACAUUCAUCUAAAGGAUCAAAACAAAAUCAUGAUGAUAGAAAGGGAGGGCGUUCACCUCAACGUCGAUUAAAACAUCGUAGUCAUCAUCAUGAAAAAAUCCGUGGUAAAUAUGAUGAUAGUUAUUUAAGAGAUUCUGAAGUGUGA